AUGAUGUUCGCGCUCGAGUUUGUACUCAUCUUUGCAAUGGGCUACAUCCCGUUUGGUGUCGACGGCCUCGCCCACCUGGGUGGCUUCGCGAUGGGCCUGAUGCUCGGUAUUAUCCUAGUCCCUUCGACGCCUGAGACGAAGCGUUACCGAAUGAUUGUGUGGGGAUGCCGCAUCGUGGCGCUGCCGCUAGCUAUUCUGGCUUUUGCUUUGACUGCCAAGAACUUUUAUAGCGAAGACCCGAAUGCGGCCUGCACCUGGUGCCGGUACCUCUCCUGCAUCCCCACGUCGGCCAACAACCAGUGCAAGGGCACGGGAUUGACCAUGAGUUCAACUUAG